CAGGUUGGUUUUCUUGCGGUGAGUGCGCCAUACGGAAUCAGUCCACAUUGGAGCUUGGCGUUGUGUGUACAAGAAUACGAGCGUAGCACAAGAAACUUGAACGCGACGGCGGUGACGUUUUCGAUUGUUGCGCUAACGACGGCUGUUGAUGAUGAUGAUGGGUGUGAAUGGCGCGUGUGGAAUGGUGAUUAACAGCAAAAACCGCAAAGUAUCAAUGUGUGCCAAGUGAAAUUGAUAUCGGCGUAAUCAAUAGAGCAAAACAACAACAAAUUAACAACAGUUAUUAAAAAAGUUUCGUUUGGUGAAUUGUUGAAUUAAAAGUGUAUAGAAAGAAGAAUAGAAAGAUAAAAGAUUUAAUGAAAUAAAUAGUGAAAAAAUUGCGAAAAAAUAUUCAAGGUUGAUAUAACCUUGGUUUGAGACCACAACAAGCAGCUUACAUAGCUGUUCAACCGAGCUUAGCCGGUAUUCAAACUGAUACACAAAAUCUCCUCUCGCCCCACACCACAAGACAACACACAAGCGCACCGCAAAAAUGCUCGUGCCGUCGGACAUGAUAGCGGCCCAGUCCAAAAUGGUCUACCAAAUGAACAAAUAUUGCGCGGAUCGCGUCCAAGUGCGCAAAGCACAAAUCCACAAACAAAUACUCGAGGUCUGUCGCAUUGUGCAGGAUGUGCUCAAAGAGGUCGAGGUGCAAGAGCCGCGUUUCAUCUCCUCGCUCAACGACUACAACGGUCGCUUUGAGGGUCUCGAGGUGAUCUCGCCCAACGAAUUCGAAAUCGUCAUUUACCUCAAUCAAAUGGGUGUGCUGAAUUUCGUGGACGACGGCACGCUACCCGGUUGUGCGGUGCUCAAGCUCAGCGAUGGCCGUAAGCGUUCCAUGUCGCUGUGGGUGGAGUUCAUCACCGCGUCGGGUUAUUUGUCGGCGCGCAAAAUACGCUCGCGCUUUCAAACGCUGGUCGCGCAGGCGUGCGAUAAGUGCGCCUACCGGGAUAUAGUGAAAAUGAUUGCCGACACCACGGAGGUGAAGUUGCGUAUACGCGAACGCAUCAUUGUGCAGAUUACGCCCGCCUUCAAGUGUGCCGGCUUGUGGCCGCGUUCGGCCGCCCACUGGCCGCUGCCGGGCAUACCGUGGCCGCAUCCCAAUAUCGUGGCAGAGGUUAAGACUGAGGGCUUCGACAUGCUGUCGAAGGAGUGCAUUGCGUUGCAGGGCAAAAAUUCCGCCAUGGAGGGCGAUGCUUGGGUGUUGAGCUUCACCGAUGCCGAGAAUCGGCUGCUGCAAGGUGCCAGCCGUCGGCGUUGUUUGAGCAUUUUGAAGACACUACGCGAUCGACAUUUGGACUUGCCCGGCAAUCCGGUCACAUCGUACCACUUGAAGACACUACUGCUCUACGAGUGUGAGAAGCAUCCGCGCGAAAUGGAAUGGGAAGAGAAUUGCAUUGCCGAUCGCAUUAACGGCAUAUUUCUGCAGCUGAUUUCCUGCCUGCAGUGCCGUCGUUGUCCACACUAUUUUCUACCGAAUAUGGAUCUGUUCAAGGGCAAGUCGCCCGGCGCGCUGGAAAAUGCGGCGAAGCAAGUGUGGCGCCUCACACGAAUCAUGCUGACCAAUGCGCGCUGCUUAGAGGAGUUAUAAAAUUGUUACAAUUAUUAUUUGCGUUAAUUUGUAAGAAAUUAAAAGUUAAUUAAGUAAUUUAUAAAGGGUAGCUGUUUUAAGUUAGGGUGGAUUAACAAAUUUCUAGGUUGCUAAUUUAAGUGGAAAAGUAGUGAAAGAAGAUAUUUUAAAUGCAAUUUUUUUCUUUAAUUU